AUCUAGAGUCAGAGGACUUUCAGGAGUCAUGACCGACGACAUUGUGAUUCGCUGUUCAAUUUGUCCUAUUUGCGGCUCAGGCAUCGAAAUCUGACUUUCCCUUCUGGAGUCGACAUGUCUCACUUCCAACUGCACGAUCAACAGUUACCAACCACCUUGAAUCGUGCAUCAAUCACUGCAAGCCGUCAGUUAUAUGCACAUUCACCGUUCUCGAUUUGACAAAUCGCCAUCUCGCAGUAGCCAUCGUUGCACAAAGAUCUUUGGGACGAUCCGAUUGCCGCCACAUCUGCGAAGACGUUUGAUCUCAGGCUCGACUUGCUGUCUCAAAGAUCCAAAUGAGAUAUCACAGGACAUCUGCUCUGAUCCAGAAAUGUCCAACCGAUAUGCAGUUGUCGCCGUCAUGACUUUUGCCUAUAUGCAGGAACACUUUGAUUCAUACAUGUAUUUUGAGCAUCUUGUGGCAAGUACGACAUGUCUUUCUGACAAUUUGUUCCUGACACGAAGCUCCUUCGACCCUGCAUAUCGCGUGCGGACCUUCGAGAUCGAGCACUGCGAAACACACUAUCAUCACCUCGUGCUUGUCGAACCUGCUGAGCCUCUUCGGUCAUGCGUUCAGUAAUCCUAAGGCGGCGCAGAAUGUCUCAAUAGUCUCUCUUGUCGCACACCUACCUCCUGCCUGCGUGUCAUCUGCUGGCGGACGGCACGGCGCGGCUCUACAAGAGGCGACAUAUACUAUUGUGACACUUUGUAUCCGUCGG